ACAACUAUGUACUGACAUUUACUAUAAAGUUAUGGUCAGACAUUUACCAAUAAAAUAUAGUUGGCAUGGUUAAAUUAUAUUUAGGUACAACAAAAAUAAAUGGUUAAAUAAGCUAAAACUUAUAGUUAAUAUUAUUUAGAUCUAUUACUAAUAAUACUAGUUGAAGUAACUAAAACUGGUGUCUGCAUAUGUCGAGAGCUAAACGAUUAGGUAUUGUUACUAUAUUAUUCAGUUGGGAUAAUUAUAAAAUUAAGUUUUAUUAUUUUUGUCAUACUAUUUUUAGAUGCAUAAGUAAAUACAUACAACAUUUCACGUGUGUCCAUUGUCCUAACAUCCGUACGUCGCGCAUUGUCCGUUUAUAUAAAAAUUACCCAUAACAUCACUGUUGUUAUUUUCAUUCACUCAUCACUGCAAUAAUUUCCAGUUUCCACUGCACUUUUGAAUUUACUUGUGUCGUGAUGUACUAAAUAGUAAAUACUAAUGUGUAUACAUAAGUAAUAGAUGUUUGACCGUUCUUUUGUACCUAACUAUUUUUUUAUAUCGUGCUUGUACACGGUACAGUCAGAAUUAUAAUCGUAUAUUCUUAUACCUUCCACCUGACUUCCGUCGUCGUCGUCUGCGUAUAAUUAUUGUUGAUCGACUUCUUUUGCAAUGGAUGAAUUUACUGUUGGUGUGCUGAUUGAAUGGGGAUUUGAGGAACUCAUCGAUACGUUUAAAGAUGAAGAAAUCGGUAAAGAUGACUUUUUGUCAUUAACGGAACUAAUGGUAAAAGAAUUAAUACCAAAGAUGGGUAAACGUUCAUCAUUUUAUAGUAAACUAACUAGGCUAAAAGAAAUUCAAAUUGAGAUUGAUUUCCAGACUUUGUAUCCUGGAAAAGAUAAACUCCUAUUUCAUAAGUUUGAUGUAUUUAAAGUGAAGUUAAUCAAGUAUAUUGAUAAACUAAACAAACGUUUUUCAUUACAAGACGAGUCUACUUUACUUUCCGAACUUAAAACCCCGUCAAGGCUUGGUAAUGAUAACAUAUCUGUUCUUAAACUUUUGCCUCAACUUUUUCAACCAUUAACAAUCAAGUUGGACAAAAAGCGUAAACGAGACGGUAAACAUUCAAUUUGGAGACCAUCAAAGGCUGAACAGGCAGAUUCUUUUGUUUUAUUUAUACCUGAUGUCGCAGAAUUAAGAAAUGUUCAUGCCCAAAAAAUAGAGAAGGCAGUUCAAUAUGGUACAACAUUACAAUCAUAUAUAAUAAUUGUUGACAACACUGACAUUUAUGCUGUGAUCAACAGCAUAUAUUACAAGUUGGAAACACCGUUAAAAGCGUUAGAUGUUUGUUACAAAUCAUAUUUUGCUCUGAAUUUAAACUAUCCUCAAGAAAGUGAACAAAUUUGGUUGUUUAUCCAAAACUAUUUCUUUGAUACAACACUCAAGUCCGAUAAACAUGUUUUAUUUGUUAAAACAUUUAUCAACGAUUUAAAAAACAUGUAAACUGUCACUAGGUAGUAAAUGCCCACUUGUAUUAAUAUACCUACCUAAUAUAAAGUAAUAUAAUACAUAAGUUUUCAAUGUUAUAAAAUAUAAACUUUAUUUAGCUAUAUAUUGCAUAACAUAUGAUAAUUAUUAUAUUCAUAUUUUCCAUUUACUAUUAAAUAUACAUAAGUUUCAUUUGA